AUGGCACCAUCUUUGUACUGGUGGGCGAAGGAAACUCACAGGGGGACCCCUGUGGUUGUGAAAAUGGAGAACCCAAAUAACUGGUCCAUGGUGGAGCUUGAGUCUCCUUCAGAGGAAGACUUCAUGUACACAAACGGCGGCGUUCCCAAAGGAGGCCGGAACAGGAACGCCAAGCAGCUAACGUGGGUUCUCCUCUUGAAAGCCCACAAGGCUGCCGGCUGCCUUACGUCCAUUGCAUCCACAUUCUUCUCCCUUACCUCUGUCAUACGCCGCCGCGUCGCCUCCGGCCGCACUGACUCCACCGACACCACCGAGACCGAAAACCCGGCGGUCAAGUCCCGGUUUUACUCCUGCAUUAAAGUCUUUCUCUGGCUAUCUUUACUCCUGCUCGGUUUUGAAAUGGCUGCAUAUUUCAAAGGGUGGCACUUUGGUGCACCAGAUCUUCAGUUGCAGUACCUUUACACUUUGACAAAUCCUUUGGCUGUGAAGAGUGUGUUUGAUUCCCUCUAUUCUAACUGGGUUUUUAUCAGGAUGGAAUAUCUUGCUCCACCCCUCCAGUUCUUAGCUAAUGUCUGUAUAGUUCUCUUCCUUAUCCAGAGCUUGGAUAGGCUAAUUCUUUGUUUGGGUUGCUUCUGGAUCAAGUUCAAGAAAAUCAAACCAGUUUGCAACCAAGAACUUGUAGAUCUAGAGUCUGGAGAUGGUAAUGACUAUUUCCCUAUGGUCUUAGUUCAGAUCCCCAUGUGCAAUGAAAAAGAGGUUUAUCAACAAUCUAUUGCGGCUGUGUGUAAUUUGGACUGGCCUAAAGGGAAUUUGUUGAUUCAAAUUUUGGAUGAUUCAGAUGACCCCUCGACCCAGUCGUUGAUCAACGAGGAGGUGAAUAAAUGGCAGCAGGAAGGUGCCAACAUUGUGUACCGACACAGAGUGAUUAGGGAGGGGUAUAAAGCUGGCAAUCUUAAGUCUGCAAUGAACUGCGGCUAUGUUAAGGAUUAUGAAUUUGUUGCCAUAUUUGAUUCUGAUUUUCAGCCCACGCCUGAUUUUCUUAAAAGGACUGUUCCUCACUUUAAGGAUAACGAGGAACUGGGACUGGUUCAAGCAAGGUGGUCAUUUGUGAACAAGGAUGAAAACCUACUAACUAGACUGCAGCUCAUUAAUUUAGCUUUUCAUUUUGAGGUGGAGCAGCAGGUGAAUGGAAUUUUUCUUAACUUCUUCGGGUUUAAUGGGACUGCCGGUGUAUGGAGGAUAAAAGCAUUAGAGGAUUCUGGUGGAUGGUUGGAGAGGACCACGGUCGAGGACAUGGACAUCGCUGUUCGUGCUCAUCUUAAAGGUUGGAAGUUCAUCUUCCUCAAUGACGUCGAGUGUCAAUGUGAAUUGCCGGAAUCUUAUGAAGCUUACAGGAAGCAGCAACACAGAUGGCAUUCGGGGCCUAUGCAAUUGUUCCGUCUCUGUAUGCCAGAUGUCAUUCGAUCAAAGAUCAGUAUUUGGAAGAAAGGCAACAUGAUUUUUCUCUUCUUCCUUUUAAGGAAACUGAUACUCCCAUUCUAUUCAUUCACUCUAUUCUGCAUCAUUCUUCCUAUGACUAUGUUCAUUCCAGAGGCUACUCUCCCGACAUGGGUUGUCAGUUAUGUACCUGCAACAAUGUCGUUUCUGAAUAUUCUCCCUGCACCAAAGUCGUUCCCCUUCAUUGUGCCUUACCUUCUUUUUGAGAAUACCAUGUCAGUGACGAAGUUCAAUGCUAUGAUCUCUGGCCUUUUUCAACUUGGAAGUGCGUAUGAGUGGGUUGUCACUAAAAAGUCUGGUCGGUCCUCAGAGGGUGAUCUUAGUUCCUUGGUUGAGAAGCAUCCCAAGCACCAAAGAGGGAGCUCAGAGCCUAAUUUAGUGGAAAUGCGAGAGGAAAUUAAGCAGCAGGAGCAGAGGGCUUCUCGGAAGAAGAAGCACAACCGAAUAUAUACCAAGGAGUUGACACUAGCUUUCCUUCUUUUGACAGCUUCAGCGAGAAGUCUCUUGUCUGCACAAGGGAUCCAUUUUUACUUCUUGCUCUUUCAGGGCAUAUCUUUCCUUCUCGUGGGGCUCGACUUAAUUGGUGAGCAGGAGAAUGCAGCAGAAAUUAUGGCACGAAAUUGGCACGAAAUGGUGAUAUUCAUUAAAUUAUCAGAAACAAAACAUUUUGGUAGAACACUUCCUCCUACCUACCUCUCCUCGGUCCUCCAUUCGUCCGACCAGAGGUGUGGAUCCUGA